UCUUUAUCUUUGUCCUCGGUGCCUCUAAAGAAAACUGAAACAAACAUCAUAGUCACAGUCAAAACCAUGAAGCCGUGUCCAAAACUCAGUAACUCCUAUGUUUUUGGGGUUAUCAUAACAGUUUUGUUAUUGGGAUUACAAGGAUUGAGGGUUGCUGAAUCCAGAGUAUUUGGUAGAUUGGAUGAGCUUGAGUACCCAGCUAUCAGUUGCAGGAAACACACUGCGGUUUUGACUGAUUUUGGUGGUGUUGGUGAUGGCAAAACAUGUAACACCAAGGCCUUUCAAUAUGCAAUAAGCAAUCUGAGUCAUUAUGCACAUGAUGGGGGAGCCUUACUUGUUGUUCCACCAGGGAAAUGGCUAACAGGAAGCUUCAAUCUCACUAGCCAUUUCACUCUUUUUCUCCAAAAAGGAGCUACCAUUCUUGCAUCCCAGGAUGAAUCAGAGUGGCCUACACUUGCUGUGCUACCGUCAUAUGGAAGAGGAAGGGAUGCUCCUGAUGGAAGGUUCAGUAGUCUAAUUUUUGGAACAAACCUCACUGAUGUUAUAAUCACUGGUUUCAAUGGGACAAUUGAUGGGCAAGGAUCUUAUUGGUGGGACAAGUUCCACAAGGAUGAAUUGAAACUCACAAGGCCAUACAUGAUUGAGAUUAUGUUCUCUGAUCAAAUUCAGAUAUCAAAUCUCACAUUGAUCAAUUCCCCAUCUUGGUUUGUCCAUCCAAUUUAUAGCAGUAAUAUUGUAAUUCAAGGGUUGACCAUUAUCGCACCAGUUGACUCUCCCAACACAGAUGGAAUAGACCCAGAUUCUUGUACCAACAUUAGAAUUGAAGAUUGUUAUAUUGUAUCUGGAGAUGAUUGUGUUGCUGUAAAAAGUGGUUGGGAUGAGUAUGGAAUCAAAUUUGGAAUGCCAAGCAAACACAUAAUAAUUAAAAGGCUUGAAUGUGUAUCCCCUGAUAGUGCUAUGAUUGCAUUAGGCAGUGAAAUGUCUGGUGGAAUCCAAGAUGUUAGAGCUGAAGACCUCACAGCAAUCAAUACUGAAUCGGCAGUUAGAAUCAAAACUGCAGUUGGUAGAGGAGCAUAUGUUAAAGACAUAUUUGUUAAAGGAAUGAACUUGAACACAAUGAAAUAUGUGUUUUGGAUGACAGGUUCUUAUGGAUCACACCCUGACCCUGACUUUGAUCCCAAAGCACUUCCCAACAUUACAGGAAUAAAUUAUAGAGAUGUGAUUGCAGAAAAUGUCACUUAUUCAGCAAGACUUGACGGAAUUCCUAAUGACCCUUUUACAGGAAUCUGUAUUUCUAACGUGACUAUCCAUAGUGGGGCAAAGGCAAAGAAAUUGCAAUGGAAUUGCACCAAUGUUGAAGGGCUUACAGGUGAUGUCUAUCCUAAGCCUUGUGAAUUGUUGCCACAGAAGGAAGAGAAAAUUGAGUGUCCUUAUCCAGAUGAGGAAUUGCCCAUUGAAAGUGUUCAGCUGAAGACUUGUUCCUUUAUUAAAUUCUUCUGA